AUGACUCCAACAGCUCCAUCACCAGUAAAGGUACCACCAACAGCAAUAGCACCCAGAGCAUCAGCCACAUUUUGUCAUGGAAAUGCAUUGACUGAAGCAGUAUUCUGGAGAAAACUUAAAAUAGGAAAAGUCAUGUCCAUACAUAAAAAGGGAUGUAAAGAAGAUCCUAGCAACUACUGUCCAGUUGCAGUGAUAUCUAUAUUCAGCAAAAUAUUUGAAUAUGCAAUGGCUGCCAGUCUAAAAUCUUUUGUUAGAAAAAAUAACAUUUUUUCUUCUGCUCAGCAUGGUUUCCAGGAAAAUAAAACCACUGCUGAUUGA